AUGUUGGGGGAACUUCCCCCCAUUGUGGAGCUGCCUGCAGAUGUGGCAGGCGCUCUCCGACCCGUUCCGCUGUUUGUGCACACCGCAGGGUUGUACGAGAGAGCCCCUGCCCCCAAGCACCACCUACGUAGCGACGGCAACGCUGCGGGCACGGGGGACACGGGUAGUAAGACGGCGGUGGGGGGCGCCCCGGCGAUGCCUCGGCGGGUCAAUGCUGCACCGCCACAACUCUCCGAUGGUCGAGGCGAAAUUGGAGCGGCAGCGGCGCCACAGGGCAAGACACGAGGGAUCUCUGGGAGACUCCACUCCUCUUUUGCCUUUACUGGGCACAACAUGGAAGCUCUCACGGAGCAGGACGUCGACGUUCUUCUUAAGGUGCUAGAGACCCGCCACGAGAAGUACUUGUCAGCGAAGCGGCAGACCACGGAGCGGUACCUGACUCGCAUAGAGACGGACGUGGACCAUUUUUUAGCAGCGCACUACGGCGAGGGCGGCGCCGCUUCCUCAUCCCGCUUCGGAGGUGGCGUGGCGUCAUUCAUCAAGAACACGCUGGUGCCACAGAUCCCGUCGCCGCAGCGCGUGAGAGGCGGCGGAGGCGCGAUUCCAAGCGCUGAGAAGGCGGUGAUUGAUAGCAACACUAGAUGCCGUGACAAUCGAACGGACGGCCUACCCACGCUACAGGCGUCUUCCUACAGAGCGAAUGCCAUUCCCUUUAACUACCUGGAUGUGCGCCCGACGAACAUGGAGACCAUUGCUGGGAACCUUGUGGUGCUACGGCAUUGCCUGGCAGAGUGUUUUGCGCCGGGGAACAGCGUGCAAAAAUCACUGCUGGGCCCUAUUGUGCGGGGGGUCUGGGAUCAAUCACUGAGUUCACUGCGGAAAAGCGCCAGGGAGCUCUUAGAGGUGGCCCAGCAAAAUGUAUGGCCACCGCUAGAAUAUCUUUUUCUCCGACAGCGGCGAGGCGACGCGGCAGUCUGGAGGGAGCGGCGUGCGAAGUACGACCGCAUCGUCGCGGCAUUGCAGGACGACCUAAAGUACCUCCACACCAUUCAUGAGAUGGAUAGGGAGGUGAUUGAGGGGCAGAUGCAGGCGCGGCAAGCCGCAGAGGAGGGACUAUCGGACUACGUCCCCGUCAGCGGAUUGGUGCUUUCCCGCCUACACCGACUGGAGAACGAACACCGAACUGUUUUGGAGUUUUGGAAGACCCGAUAA